AUGCCAAGACUUUUAGCGACUCAGUCCCAUGUGGUACACGGUUUCGUUGGGAAUAAAGCAGCGACUUUCCCUCUUCAAUGCUAUGGUUGGGAUGUAGAUUGCUGUAAUUCCGUACAGUAUUCUAAUCACACUGGGUAUGGUAUGCAUAAAGUGUUUGGUAAUAUAACUGAGGAAAAAGAUUUGGACCAAUUGCUAUCGGGCGUGCUGGCCAACUUUGCGAACGAUUAUGAAGCCUUACUAUCUGGUUAUCUGCCCAAGAAAGAGUCUGUAAGAUGUAUGGGACAACAUUAUACUGCUUAUAAGAGAGAGAACCCCAAUUCUGUUUGGCUGAUGGAUCCAGUGAUGGGCGACGAAGGUCAGUUGUAUGUUGAGGAAGACGUGAUAGAAGAGUACAGGAAGUUGGCUCUUUCCUCGCAUUCUGAUGUGGAUAUUAUGACUCCCAAUCAUUUUGAACUGGAGAUUAUAUGUGGGAAAUCGAUAGAUACAGUGGACCAGCUGAAAUCCGUGCUACAGGAAUUACACGAGACAGUGCCAGUGGUUAUCGUCACUUCAUGUGAUGAGAAGAUAUUUAGUGAUCCGCACCACGUUUAUUGUGUUGCAUCCAUGAAAGGCAAUGCUCCAGUAGUUCUACGAGUGCCGCUGAUAAAGUCGUAUUUCACCGGUGUGGGUGACCUGUUUUCAGCUUUAUUGCUAGACAGAGUGUACAAGCUUCUGUCGCUAUCUGACGAGGGCCUGAAGUUGGAACACCAAGUCAAUGAUGUGCUCAACGUGAUACAGGGCGUGCUAAAGAUCACACUGGCCUAUGCUCCGAAGAAUCAUACUGCAAAGAUAGGAAAUGCCGUAGAUAUGAAGAACGCAGAGCUGAGGAUCAUAGAGUCAAGACAUCUCUUCAGUGAGGAUGUGGCAACCGAGAGCAAACAAAAUUUCAUUUAUCGCGAGCUAUGA